GCUGCGAGGCGCGGCCGGGCGCGCUGCCCCGCGGUACCAGGGGCUGCUGCCCGCGUCCUGCCCGGCAUGGGGGUCGGGCUCCGGCCGAGAGCCCGCGGGCGGCGCUGAGCUGAGCUGAGCGGUACCCGCCGCUGCCGCCGCUCCCUCCCCCCGCGCCCGCAGCCCCGCAGGGAGGAGGCCGGGCGGCGGCGGCCGGCGCCCGCGGGCGGGCGGCGCGGGGCUCGGCGCGGCGGGCCGUGGCGCGCGGGGCUCGGGACCCGGAAGCAGAAGCGGGGCCGGGAGGCGGCUGGAUGGGAAGGAGCGGCGGCGGCGGCGGGCGGCGAUGGGGGAGCAGCAGAGCUCGCUGAGCGCCCCGCGGGCGGCCGCCGCCGCCGCGCCGUCGAGUCCGGCCGGGGGGUCGCGGGAGUCCGGCCCGGACGAGCCGCCUCCGCCGCGAGAGGCGGCUCCGGGCGGCGGGGCGGCCGGGCCGGGGCGAAGCGGGGAGCCGCCGCCGCCCGCCGCCAGCCCUGAGCGGCGAGGGACCGAAGAGGAGGAGGAGGCGGAGGCGGCAGCCGGGCCGGAGCAGCCGCCGGCCGCGGGGGAGUCGGCGGCCCUGGCGGAGGAGGGGCCGGAGCUGGAGGGGGGCAACGGCCGCCGCCGGCCCCCCCGGCGGCACGUGUACUGCACCGUCUACUGCGUGGAGAACGACCGGCCGGCGGCGGCCCCCGCCUCCCCCCGCGGCGGCCCGGGCGUGGGGCAGCCCCUGGCGCGGCGCGGGGUGGAGGCGGGCGGCGACCCGCUGUCGGCGGGCGGCAGCAUCGAGGUGGUGGACUUGUACCUGCUGCCCGAGCCCUUCUCCGGGCUGAUCGCGGGGGAGUUCGGGCCGCUGUUGGUGCUGAGCUGUCGCGUGUGCCUGGAGGAGAAGCCCAUCAAGCCUCUGUCCUGCUGCAAGAAGGCGGUGUGCGAGGAGUGCCUCAAGCGGUACCUCAGCUCCCAGGUGCAGCUGGGACAAGCGGAUAUAAAAUGCCCGAUCACAGAGUGCAGCGAACACCUGGAUGAAACAACUGUCCUCUAUAACCUGCCCCACGACGACAUCAUCAAGUAUAAAUAUUUCCUGGAACUCAGCCGCAUUGACUCCAGCACCAAGCCAUGCCCUCAGUGCAAGCACUUUACAACCUUCCGGAGGAGAGGCCACAUUCCUACCCCUGCCAAAUUGGAGAACAAAUACAAAAUCCAGUGUCCAUCUUGCCAAUUUGUCUGGUGUUUCAAGUGCCACUCUCCCUGGCAUGAAGGUGUUAACUGCAAAGAAUACAAGAAGGGAGACAAGCUGUUGCGUCACUGGGCCAACGAAAUCGAACACGGGCAGAGGAAUGCCCAGAAGUGUCCAAAAUGCAAGAUCCACAUCCAGAGAACAGAAGGGUGUGACCACAUGACGUGUUCACAGUGUAACACUAAUUUCUGUUACCGUUGUGGGGAGAGAUACCGCCAGCUCCGGUUCUUCGGAGAUCACACCUCAAACCUCAGUAUCUUUGGAUGCAAAUACCGCUACCUCCCCGAGAGACCACAUUUAAGGAGAUUAGUGCGAGGCUCGGUCUGUGCUGGAAAACUACUCAUUACGCCCCUAAUUCUGGUUCUGGGACUGGCACUGGGAGCCAUAGCUGUUGUAAUAGGUUUAUUUGUGUUUCCUAUCUAUUGCCUUUGUAAAAAGCAGAGGAAAAGGUCACGGACAGGUAUGCCUUGGUAAGGAUGGACCUUACUCACCUUGAACUGAGCUGGUCCUGCAAGGGCUAUAUGCGCUUUGUGCAACAGAGCAAUACAGUGCUGGUAACAGCAUCAAAGCCACCGCCCUGGAAGAAGAACGGGGGAUCUCCUGCUAUCUUUCCUCGGCUGAAAACACUACUGCAGACCAGAAAGCCUCUUUGCUCUGGUGCACUCUGAACAGGAUGGGCCCCCUGACUGCUGCUUUUUAAAUGUUUUGGGGUUUGUUUGUUGUUUGUUUGUUUUUUUAAUUAUUACUUUGGAGGGUUUUUUUGAGUCUAAGUUUCUGAACUAGACAAUCAAAGUCUGUAUUGUAGCCACAACUCUACUACCGAUUUGGCCUGUGAAGAAAGCAUUUAACUGCUAACAUGUGCUCCGUUUAACUUCAGUGUCGGCCUUUAAGGGGGAAAUGCUUAGAAGUGUUUGGACUCUUACUGUAUACUGAGCAUACUACUUUUGGUAUUAAAAACUACUUCUGUAAAUAACUUCCAUCACACAGCAUUCUGUUGAGCAUACCGAAAUCCCGUCACAUGCCAGAGCACGACAGCUGGUUAUCUUCUGAGUCCUCCUGCUUGGGGCAAGAGUGUAGAUUGCCUCCGCCAAACUGCAGUGCCUCAGGGGGAAAUAUCCUUAGUAUUGAAGCUCUGUGAUACUUACAAAUAUGCUGAUUGGUUUUACUUCAGUAUGUAAUUUAUGACAGUCUGUUCAUAUUGAUCGGGGGGUGACAGAUUUGUUAGAAGAGCAUUUUGAAACUCUCCCAGUACAGAAAAAAUUUGAAGGCUUUAGAUAACAACAAGUGUCAGUGGCCUGUUCUGUCCCAAGAUAUCCCUGAAGAGUGUUUGCAGGGAAGCUGGAAACCUACUCUUCUGUUCUGACUUGGCAUAUAAAACACAUGCUGCGCACUAGUUGUGCGAAGAUUGACUUGAUGAAGUUUUAUAGCCUAUUUAGCAUGUUUUGUUUCUUCAUUUAAGUAGGCUACGAAAGUCUUAGAGCAUCCACCGAUGCCUCAUGAGGAAAAUCUGUGAAUUUUGGGUAAGGGAUGGGUCAUGAACUCUUAGGAGACCAUUUCAUUCUUAUUCUCUCCUUCCAGUGUUUCUCUUCCUGGCAUGUUAUAGAUCAGAAGAGAAUAGCUAUCCUUGCUUUUUUUUUCCCAACUUCAGAGUACUGCUGUUUGCUACCAGACCUAUUUCUCAGCACAUUGCCACAAGAACAAUGUAAUUCAGUGUUAGGAUUCAUCUACUGAGAGUUUUUCCACUUUUAGUUAUAAUCCAAAUUUAUCAUCCAACUUAAAAGAAAAAAAAUAGAAUAAAAUAAAUUUAUGUAAGCAGAACACAGAAACAAUAAAGAAAGGAACUUAAGAUAAAUAUCUGCUUUAUACUUUAAAAAUACAAGCUGAUCUUAAAGAAAAGAUUGGAUUUGUACUGUUAAGGUAUUUUUUCAAUGUGUGUUUGAAGAUACAUAUAUACAUAUAUGUUUGUAUAGAUAUGGGGAGAGGGAGAAGCAGGGAGAUGGACAACGUCCUAAAGAGUCUACAGACUUCAAAAUUUAGGCCCGCAAAUAGCAUAUCAUUUGAGAGGAUGUACUUUGCACCGCUUUCUUUGAAAAUUGUUAUUAAAUCUGAAUCUAGUUGUAACUUUUAAGUAAAUGGUAUUCUGCCCCACCAACAUAAUACUGUUAUAAGAUACUCACUUUGACUUCAAAGCCUCAGUGGAAGAAACUGAUGAAUUUUGUUUGCCUGGUAACACAAAAAUCAGCUUAUCAUAGUUGGCUAGUAUGCUUGUGUUCUGCCAGCUUCUGGUUUUGUUUUCUUGGGUUUUUUUUCUUGUUGAAACAGUGUGUAGAAGCACACUAUAGUAGUCAACAAGUACUUAAUAUUUCCAAUUGACUUUAAGGGCAUGUUGACCCUGUUGUCCUAAGGGUAGAAAUAGUACCUUUCAAAGAUUUGCAAAUUAAGCAGGGAAGCAAUGACAUUUAGAAGUAAAGUUCAAAGCCUAUUGUCAAUGCAAAUCUACCUGUUAAUUAGAUUUCUUCUUCUGUGACACAUCAGUUUUCUAUUUGUGUUCUGAGGUUGGAAACUGCCUUAAAAUCGGUCUUGGUUUUGAGUGUGUUUUCUGAGGCUAUACAUAUCAGUUGUCUUUGGCUUACUCAGGGAUUUUUAUUCCUUUCUUUAAAUGUCAAAUAAUGAAAAUAUUUUUGUAUUAUUUAGAAGAACCUUCAGACCUCAGAGAGCGAGAUAUAGAUAGAUUUGGGUUUGUAAUGCAGUCUGUAAUAUGGUGUCAAACUAUUUCACUUGAGAAUAUUUUAGUAAUUGCGAUUAUCUGUAAUUAACUAUACAGUGGAUUAAUUUCCUUUCUUUUCCUGGUUCUUCAUAAAUAUGUGAGAUACUCUUACAGUCUUUGUAGCUGUUUUCACUCUGCCGUGUUUGCCAUUUUCAGUUUCUGAUGGGAGUUCAGUAAGCUCUGGAAUUAAGAUACUAGAAUAAAGAGUGUAAAAGGAAGAUAAUAGAUCUGCACUUAUGUAUAUUCAGAAAGUGUGUCAUUGUGGGUGGAGGAAAGGAACACACAUCUCCUACAUUAUCAUUUCAUCUAGGCCAUUUUGAUUUUAGCAGAACAGAUUAAAUCAAAGGGAAAUGGUUCUUCAUUUUCUACACAUAGCAAAAUGAGGCAUUUUUGACCUUGUAAAGAUGAGAGUCAAAUCUGCCUUUCUCUGUAGAAAAAAAAUUAGUAAUGACAAUAAUAUUUGCUUUUCUGUAGAACAGGAAAAAAUUUCAAGAGCCAGGCAGAGUAGGGAUAUGGAAGUCUUUUUCCAUAUAAAAAUAUUCCCACCUGAAUAGUACGUAAAUACAAUUUUUCAUUAAUAUUAUGUAAUGUAACUGAAAUAUGAGUAAUAGUUUAGUACAAAACUUCAUUCAAUAAAAUGUUAGCUUUUAAACAGGUCUUCUCAUAUCACAGGAAAUCUUACACACAUCAAAGUCAUGUCAUUUGUUUUACAAGCAUUAAUUUAUCUAUUUGAAAGAAACGGAAUGAACUUUGUAAGGAAAUUCAAGGAUGUUUUUCUUUUAAUAUGUAAAUGUGUUUUGGUUUUUGUAACUGUACUCUAAGGAAACCAUCUACUCCAUCUUUAUUAGCAGAAAACUUCAUCAGGCAGCUGAAUUAACCUGCUAAGGCAGAUUUCACACUACUGUAUGCCGAUCAUCGCUGAUCAUUGGGUUUGCUUUCACCACAUUUAAUAUUUAAGUUUAUCCUUGUGCAAAGUUGUUGCUCGCCACUGUCUAUAUUCAGACUAGAAAAUGCUUAAAUCCAUUGCACAUUAGCCUUCUAUUUCAAGCUUGCCUGGAAAUGGAUUUGUCCGCGUGCUCAGGCCCCCUUGCAGGCAUGUAGUCGGAGCUGGUGCCCUCCCGGCAGUGCCGUGCUGUCUGUCUGUGUCCGGUCCCGAUCCCGCUCCCGCUGGGGAGGGCUGGCUGGACACGCCAGUCCGGAGGGGGCUGCUUUCCCUUUCUCCACUAACUAGUUGUAUUUCAUUAAUUGUGUCAAGUUUCAGGGCUGCUCGGCCAUGUCAGUGGCAGGAUGAUUCUGACUGCUGCGGCAUCUCAGAGCAUUGUUAGGUAUUUUUGCAGAGCUUAUCCAGGAGCUUGUGACUGGAAAAUAAUUGUGCUUUUCCUUGUGUCAGUCUGUUAGCCAGUGUGACUAAGAAGCUGAGCAGGAAUACAAGUGAGAGGCAGAAGUGCAAUUCUGAGUAGCCUUGUUCUGUAGCUGACCCAUCAGUUUUAGUUCCGUACAAAAAAGUCUGCUAGUCUUCAAUUCUCACCACCUCUAUAAUACACAGCAUAUUCAUAUCUUUCAAAUGCCAUUAAAAUACAGUGCACUUUGAGUGAUCUAUUAUCUUCCUUUGGGGCAGUGCAAACAUGUAAGUAAGGGAGGAUUUUGUGUUUGGUUUUGAUGUUAUUAAUGCUGACUUCUUAACUCUUCCUGUUACAUUAGGGUUUUUUAAUUUACAUCUAUUUAUUGGUUCUGAAAGUUUGAUCAACGUGAAGUUUUACUUUAUUAAACAUAUUAAUUUGCAGAGACUAUUGCCAAUUUAACUAGAAGGCAUUCUGGAUCACCAUCAGGUAUUCUUUUUAGCCAAGGGGCUUUCUGCUCUUCCAAAGACUGCCAUAGCUUGUGUGAUGAUAAAUGAUGUGUAGGUAGGGCAGUAAUUCUGUCAGAGGGUACAAAUUCUCCAGUGAUUGAAUGGUUUCUCUUGCCAGUUACAACUGAGAAACUAGUUAAUAUUCAAUGGCCAAAUAGUUUGCUAUGCAGACUCUGAGAUUUUUAAAAUUUAGUUGUGGUGUUUUGUUUCUUGAGCAAACCUUGCAUUUUUCAUAAUUCUUGGUAUGAUAAUUGUGUAGGUCCAAGUUGUGAAUAAGAACCAUGGAUUACUGUUACUUUUAUAAUCUAUAUUAGAUCUCUGAUUUUGUUGAUGGAAAGAAUCCUACCUGAGGAAAAUUAGAUAAUUUCUUAGUUUCUUUUUAUUUUGCAGCCUUGUAGUUGCAGUGGGUCACCUCCAUUCCUGACACCAGUCAUAACCCCAUUAAACAAGAGAAGUCAUACCCAUUUUUGUGCCCGUAUGGAAUUUGGCUUCAAAUACUUCAAUUAAAAAUAUCUGGAAGAGUGUUGAUAGCCAUUGUGCAGCAACUCAGAAACCUGGUUCACUUCAGAAAUGCAAACUACUAUGGAGCCGGUCCUCUCACUUGCAGAGUGAUACUAGUGCUGUUUAAUAAAUGCAGGAGAGGGCAGAGAGUAGGGAAGAAUUUCCAAGUGACAUUCUUAUUAAAGCAAAUCAUCAGGGGAAGGAAUACUAGCUUUUAACAGAAUAGAGACCUUCUUAAUGCUUUGAGUCAUUAAUAAAGUUAGAAACAACAUCCAUAGAUAGUCUUAAAUAAUGUACCAUAAAAUUCUUCUUUCUUCAGUGUAACAGAUAUUAGCACAGUGUAAGAAUUGGAAUUACAGCUGUUCAAUAUUUUUUGGACUUAACACUAAACUUGAAAAAAAGAGCAUGCAACAUUUAGAAAGUUAUGUUGCUGAUAGAUUUGGUGUCUUGUCUUGCUACUGUUACAUGAAAAGCCAGCUGAACCUUGAUUCAACUGCAAGACUAGCAGUGUUUUCACAGAAGUACUGCUCAAGCUGUAACACAACACCCCCAAACUUUUUUCUUAAUAAAACUAACAAAUGCAGCUUGUUGCAGUUAUGCAGCAUUGUACCUUUCUGGCUGAUUCUUCCUGAUGUGUCUGUGCAUAAGAACUCAGGAUCUAUACAUUCGCUCUCCAGUAAGGAAUGGAGUGCUCAUAUUAGGCAGUUAAUCACUGUUGCUCCUCAUCCUGAAAUACCAUAAGGUAGGGAAAUAAAAACUGAUCUUAGAGUGCAUGCUCUGAUUUCAAAGGUAAAAUCUGUGAUAAGCUUUAAUUACUAACUCCCUAGUAAAAAAAUAAAUACAUAAAUUUCUAAGCAUAAUUCCAACUGUUUAUUUCUAAAUAUAUCUGUUAAAAAAAAGUAGUUAUAGCAAUUAGUUUAUUAAAAAAAUAAUAUUGUGCAAAAGAAAACCUUUUUGGAGUUUAUUUGGUUUACCAAAACUUGAAAAAUUUAUCCGAAGUGUUUUGGAUGGGUCAAAGUCAGAAGAGGAGAAAUUUAUUGUGUAAAAAAUAUCUGACAUUUGUAGCAUAAACAUGGAUUUUGGACAUACCUGCUUAAACACAGCUGCAUGCUAACCCCAUUCAGUGUUCAUCUUGUCAAAAACUUGUCAGACUGAAAACAGUAUUGUUGAAAUUUUAACGUACUGUUACUGAGUAUGAUGUUACUAAUAUGAUGUCACAUUUACCUCACUUUUGGAAGGAAAAUCUACUUAGAGAAUCCAAACAAGCUGUUCAGAUACUUUAAACCUGUCCUGUAAAAGUGCUGAUGCAGUCAAGAAACAUUUUCAUGCCUUAUGCAAGCUCUGGGUAAGCAGAUGGAUCCGGUUUUUAAUCAUAGAUAUCUUUUUGCAUAAAAAAAUGUGCUCUUAAGAGUUCUUCAUAUCAAUUUACAUUCUGCUGCUUUGUGUCCAGAAAUUGCAAGGAUGGGGUAGGGAAACAUUUCACUGCGUUUACCACUUCUAAUAAAAUGUUUACCAUCUUUCCAUUUGUUACACACUUCACUUCUAAGGCUCUCCUUUUCCUUCCAAAUUUCAUCAUUUGAAACUGACUUGUGGAAAUGGCUGAAGAUGAAAUUGGACCUGGAAAACGUGAUCUCAUAAGAAGCCAUUUCAGUAAUGCUUUGCUGAGCUAUACCAGCAAAAGAUUAAUUCUGUUGUAUUUAAAUUACUUAAAUGCAAAAUGCUGAAAUCUAUUUUUCUUCAGGGCUUUUAAUUUUGCAAAUUUUUUUAAAUGUAAUUAAACAGCACAGUCAUCUUUGUUAUGUAACUAACCAUCUGAGUCCAAAUAAGGUAUUUGUUAAUUCUUGUGACUAUGGUAGACAUGAGAGUAAUAGGUGCUGAGAAAAAGAAAACAUGAUCUCUGAGGAGACUGUCCAAGCUGAACUUUUAUCGUCAUUCCCUGACAAUUCACUGAGAAAUCUUUCCCUGCCCCCAUCUCUUUUUAUAUAUUUUAAGGUGAAGAAUUCCCUUUAAAAUAGGGUUAAUCAGAAUGGAGGAGGGUGAGGGUAGUGAGAUGAUAGAUCACAUCCUUUUUAGUGUACAGGCUUCUGGCACAUUUAGAGUGCUGGCCAAAACACUGCGAAUUCAUUAAGAAAGCAAUUUCUAACUCCACAUUUGGGCUAUAUACAAACUAGAUGCAUCAGUGAUUAAAACUUUCUGAAGUAUAUUUAUUUGACGACUAAGAAGUUAUAGAAACUGGAGGUAGGCAAAUACCCAUGUAAUCAACACUUGAAUUCCAGUAUUCAAUGUGGUUUGUUAUAAUAAGGAAUUUUAAAUGUGUAAGUGCCUUAUUGCUUGAAACAAAUGAAAGGUGUUCAUUCCCCUCCAUAGAGCAAUAUGGGAAUUUCUGUUCCAUGGACUCCUACAGACAGACAUGUUAAGCCAAAGUAACCAAUACUGGUUUGCUCAGAAAGUUGAAAAAUACUAUGUUGGUGAAGUUAGCUUUUACAAAUUGCAAAUGUAAUCGGGCAUGCCCAUUUUACUUGAUGACCUUGAUCUCAUUUCUGAGGUUUUUUAACUUACUGUUGACGCCCCCCUCGCUCCCAUCUCCCUUCAGACUUCUGAAGAAAUGCAUCUUAUAUGUGUUGUCAGAAUGCAUUUGGUCUUCCAGCAUAACCAGCUAGGAGUUUUCAACCACUUAAAGAAAUGCAACUUUUUGGAGAAGAGAAUUCAGCUGACAUUAGGCUAGACCACAACCUGUGGUAUGUGUACCUUCGAACUCCAUGGCUCCGACAGACCCUGUUCUGCACUAAUUCAUGAAGGUGGCAGCACAGAGGUGCACUGCAGCUAGGCUGGGACUCUGAGCAGUUUAACAGCAUUUCAGUGGGAUCCGAGUUGAACUAAUGUAUCCUGUUAAUGCAAGUUGGUAAUUCCUCUAGGGUGGGUAUCUUGAUAGACUAAACCAUCAAACAAGCUUGGCAGAGCAGCUCUGGGAUCUCUGCUCCACCCUUUGUUGUGUGGUGGGAGGUAUGAUCUGAAAAAGCAGUGUUCGUUUUACCAUCUUCAGAUGGAUACCCUGGAUUUUAUUUCUUCUGGGAUCACUUCCUUUCCCAGAAGACAGUAGAAUUUUACCUUUUAUUAUCUAGAUUUUCUAAAGGACCUGUUUUUUCAUGCUAACAUUGCUCCUACUUUAUCCAUCUAUUGGAAGUCUGGUGCCAAGAAUAAGCUACUUCUCUAAAAUUAUCUUGAAUUAUACGAACUUCUGGUAGAAAUUAUCUUUUAAAAAAUACUGAAGUUUUAAAAAGGUAAUUAUCAGAAGGAAAUUGAGCUAAUAAUGGGGGGGGGUAAGAAGAAAAAUGAUGCUUGGAAGGUCUAUUUAUUGUAGAGUCAUGAUCAUUAAAUGGUUUUACUGUGUUCAAUUUCCUCCACUAAGGACUUGCGAAGGAAGGAAAAGAGGGAGAAAUUAAGAUGAGAAGAGUAUCUCUUGUGAACCUUUUCUUCUGAAAUUCCUGAGUUUUUUCAGAACUGUAGGAGAGGCUUUUUCUUCCCCUGGAGUUCUUAAUUGAUAAUAUAGCUGUCACUUGCAGUGUUAUCUCUUCAGGAAGCAUCACACCCGAGUGUUUAAUCAGGAUUCAACUUGCAUGUCUGAAGGUUUUGGUGAUAGGGAAUUUGAUUUAGAGCCAGACUGCAAUAAAAUUACAAGUGAAUUAUCUCUUACAGAUAUCUUAAUAACUUCUAUUUCAGUAUUAUCUCCAAUUUUUAGGCAUUAACCAAGUCAUUCUAUAACCCAUUGAAUAGGAGGCACCAUGUAUCAAAAUAAUUCUUCAAUCUUAUGAGUUACUGUUUAUUUUAAAAAGUUACUUCCUUAAAUGAAAUUCUUCUCUCUUACAACCAGCAGGCACACACCAAAAUGCUGAUAAGGUUUUGCCAUUAUCUUGCUCUUGCAUUUAGCUGAUAACUAUACUGUUUGUUGCAUAGUAUUGCAACAAUGGUCUUCAUGCUGUAAUAACUUGACGAAAAUAUUCAGUAGUCUUGGGCAAUAUUUUACAAAUAAUCCAUCUUCAUGUUGGUGUAUUAAAUGUAUACCAGUAAUCACUGUUGAGUGUGCUACCUUUGUGGCUGCUUUAGUUUGUGUCAAUGUUUUGUAAGGAUUAUUUCUUGCUGCCCUCUUCAGAGUGCCUUUUAAUUUAGGAGGUCUAGAGAUGGUUCACUGAAGUCUUCUGUUGAAUCUACCAUAGUAAUGUCUGAUUUUUAAACUUGUCCUGAUGAAUGUAUAACUAAAAUCCUGUUCUUUAAAAAGCUAUAGUAGACACAGGUUGUAUAUGCACAUGUACAUGCAUGGAUACAAGGGAAGGUGUUCUGCCAAUGUUUGUCCUGCUGGACAGGACCUUUUGAAAGUAAGUGAAUUUUUUAACAGUUUUAUUUUCAAAAUGUUACCUCACUAGUAUUCGGUAGUAGGUAUGUCUGUACUGCUUCACUUUGCUAAAUACAAUCACGAUCAUGGUAGGCAGUUUAAUUUAAAACUCUGCAAUGAAUCUGGUGUCUGUAUUGAGAGUGAAGUUCGUAAGUUGAAACUUACGGUACUUCGUUCCCUUUAAAGGCAUUCCUUUCACUUACACUGAUAUCCCAAGCCCCUGUUACCAACAGACUGAAAAAGUGCUUCCCCAUGAUGAAAUGGAAGAAUGUAAAGUAGCAGUUGAAUGCACUCCACCUGUCUUAGAACCAAUAUUCCGAAAUGGGGGAGGGGAUGUGGAUUUAAUGAAUUGUGGGAAGGCAUAUAUUGUAGAGCUCGUUCACUUGCACACAAGGGGUUUUACAAUGUCAUCUAGUAACGUCUACCUAAUAAAGUUUUGAAAA